UCUCGAUCCAUAAGCUACCUGUGCUGAAGCUGCCACGGCAAGCCAUUGCCUGCAGGAGUAACAGUCGAACCCCCUCAGAACUGCUGACGCAACAGCGCGACCGCUUAUCAAGUGUAGCGCCAGCAAUCAAGCACCUAGCAGGGAGAGCAUUGCGGCAAUACGCCAUCGACACGAUAACCGCACAGAAAAUCACUUGCACGCGAAGGCACGAUGCCCUCUUGCAGCGCAAUCUUGUUCCUGGCCGCGUCGACGCAGGCCCUGACGAAGGUCGCCGUCCUCGGCCCGGGGGACCCUUGGGUGUCGCUCAACGCGGCCAAGACCGCGCAUAAGCAAGGCCUCACGUCAUCAGUCGCGUGCAACAAACCCGCCGAAGCCCGUAAAAUGCUCUGGGGCGCCGACCUUUCAAGUGAGGACGAAGCCAAAAUUAAGGUGGUGGAAGGCGCCGAGGGCAUCGGCGAGAUUCUCGAGGACGCCGAGGGCUUGAUCAUAUCCGGCGCCGGAUUUGCUGGAUUAACGGGCAAUUACUGCGAGACCGUACUAAGGAACGCGCCCGCGUGCACGAGCGUGGCGAUCUGCGUCGAGGCGGGCAAGAACGCCGACGCGGUCGACGCAGCUAGGAAAGCGUGUGCUGACCGACAAAUCCCGUGCUCCGUGCUGCGCGUGCACGAGUUAAGAGGCGGCGGCCCGGGCACGAACAAAGGUGCUGGCGCGGCGUGAAACAUGAGCUUCAAUGUGAUGCGUUCGCCGCGAUGGAGACCGCGACGGCGUCGUUCGACGCAGGCGAGGAGCUGGAGGAUCUAGGAUUAUCACGGCAGUUCUACGACACGCAGUUCGACUUCCCCAAGUUUCAGGCGGACGAGUACGCGGACAAGUUCCUGCUCGGGGUCUCCGCCGUCGCCGGGGACAAGCCCGUCAACUUCUUCCAGAAGAUGAAGGCGGCGAAUGGUAUUCAAAGGGACGACGGCGUCACGAAUCGCGCGGUCGUCGGCCGGGCGCUCGUCGCGGCGCUGACAUGCGAGCCCGUAGACCUGACGAUGAAUGUGGAGGAGGGCCUGCGGCCCGUGUUGCUGGGCGACGACGACUGGGCGGCGUGGUUCGCGGCGCCGAGGAAGGUGAGUGGUGAAUUAAACUAGG